AUGCAAGAGAUAUCUGAAGCAUCGACUGAUCUCGAGUCAAAAGAGGAGGCGCAAGUUGAAGCUGUGAAACCGAAGGCAGCUGCAAAGUUGUCAAACAAGACACAAAAGUCGAAAGAAGGCAAUGAAUGUGAAAUUGAUGAGUCAAUCAAUACUGAGCAGCUUCUUCCGAAAGAUAAUGUUGUUGAAACUGUCGAUGCUAACAUGAGUAAGAAGAAUGAACAUGUUCAAGAUAAUGAUCUUGAGUCAAUGAAAGAUAAACCAGAUGAAAAACCGAGCAAACGUGCCUCACAAGUGCCUCGGAAAAAAUCAGCUCCUAGGUUUUUCAGAAAGAGAGCAUAG